CUACAGGAAGUAUGGCCCGCUGAAGCUUCCAAGAUGGCCGCGGUGGGCAGGAUUGUAUCGUGAGCAGGAGUUCUUUUGGAAUAUUCUGUUGUGAAUAAGAAUUUUAAGAACCCAGCAGGUUAGUUUGGCUCUAAAACCAGCAAUGGCGGUUAGUAUGGCUUCACAGUUCUUCUCCGAAGAAGAUGAAAAGAUCACUACAGACAUGUCUACAUCUGAAAGGGUUGUGGAUUUGUUAAAUACAGCUGCACUAGCUUCCAAUGAAAAUAAAAUCACCAUGCUUAAACAGGUUCAAGAAUUGAUUAUUAACAAGGAUCCCACUCUGUUGGAUAACUUUCUUGAUGAAAUAAUUGCCUUUCAGGCUGACAAAUCUGUAGAAGUUCGUAAAUUUGUUUUGAAUUUCAUAGAAGAAGCCUGUAAGUUGGAUAAUGAACUGCUGUUGAAGCUAAUUGCCAAUCUUCAUAUGCUUCUCAAGGAUGACAAUGUGAAUGUGGUUAAGAAGUCAAUACUAACCAUGACCCAGUUGUACAAGGUGACCCUGCAGUGGAUUGCACGCUCACGCCCUCCGUCAGAUCGACAGGAGUCUUGUUGGGACCUAGUCACCGAAAUGGCCGGAGACAUCUUGCUUAUGUUGGAGUCCGAUAAUGAUGGGAUCCGUACCCAUGCAGUAAAGUUUGUGGAGAGUUUGAUUGUCACAUUGUCACCUCGUACAGCAGACAGCGACAUACCCAAGAGGCAGGAGGGUGACAUCAGCCUUGAACAACUUCCCCCUGACCACCCCUAUCUGAAAUAUAAUGGUCUGCGGGAUGCAGGAAAGCAGGCCCUUCAAGAACUACUGAAGUUCAUGGCUCACCCAGCCAUCUCCAGUAUUAAUCUAACAGCAGCCUUGGGUUCUUUGGCAUCUAUUGCCCGCCAACGACCCAUGUUUAUGGCUGAAGUCAUUCAGGCAUAUGAGACCUUGCAUGCAAACCUGCCCCCCACUCUGGCAAAGUCUCAGGUGAGCAGUGUUCGGAAGAAUCUUAAGUUGCAGUUGCUUAGCGUUCUGCGCCAUCCAUUAUCCUAUGACUACCAAGGGCCCAUCACCACAUUGCUGCUAGAUCUGGGAACCAGCCAGGGAGAAAUCACUAGAAAUCUUCCACCUCCCAGGGAUAUUGGUCGAAAGCGGACCAGGGAAAUGGAACCAGGAGGACCAAAGAAGAGCCGCACAGACGCAGCUCUGGCUGACGACGACGAUGAUAAAGAUCAGGUGCCACAUCCUCCAUUGCCCCCUCCUGCUCCAUGCAAGCUAUCAGCUACAGAUAUCACUGCAGAGUUUCUAAACCCCCUUCUGACGCCAGAGAGUGUUGCCAACCUGGUCCUUAUCAGUAUGGUGUAUCUCCCGGAUACCAUGCCUGCCUCUUUUCAGUCUACAUAUACACCAGUGGAGUCUGCGGGCACUGAUGCCCAAAUCCGGCAUCUUGCUCGACUCAUGGCCACACAGAUGACCUCAGCGGGCAUUGGACCUGGUGUUGAGCAGGUUAAAGAGACUCCAGCAGAAGUAGUAGAGGAAGAAAGCGCCAAGCCUGAGGGAUUGGUGAUCAAGCGCCGGGUGUCAACGCUGGUUCAGGGGCAAGCCAUCUCUGUGCUUGGUGCCCAGAGUACAUCUAUUAAAGAAAAUGAAGAUGAUGAAGCCCCACAAGCUAAGAAAAGACCAGAACCUAUUCUGCCAGUAACACAGCCCAGACCUGCUGGGGUUGGAGGCCGUAAGAAGGUUUUCAGAUUAAAGGAAGUGUCUGAGCCGCUAACAGACACUCAGAUUGCGAGUCUCAAACUUGGAGCAGUGCGGCGAAUACUGCAGGCUGAGAGGAGUGUCAGUAGCAGUGGCUCAUCCCAGAUGCGAAUAAAGGUCCUUGCCCGUCUGGUGACCCGUUUGGAUACUUCUAUGAAGGCAGAGGUUUUAUGUCACUUUAUGAGUGACACACGUGGGAGACUUGAGUUGGCACUGGCCUGGCUGUUCCAGGAGUACUGCGAGUAUCUGUCUUCCGGUGACGACGAAGGAUAUCAGGAAUGUCUGAUUGGGAUACUGACCGGUCUCCAAGAGAGACCUGACCAAAAAGACGGGAUCUUCACAAAAGUUGUCUUAGAAGCUCCUCUACUCACAGAUGCAGCUCUUGACGUAAUCCGGAAAUAUUGUGAAGAUGAGGGUCGCAGUUAUCUAGGGAUGUCCACUUUGCGAGAUCUCAUCCUCACUCGGCCUGCCAGGCAGUUCCAGUAUCUCCAUCUUCUUCUGGAUCUGAGUUCCCAUGAAAAGGAUAAGGUCCGUCAGCAGUCUCUGCUAUUCAUUAAACGUAUGUACGACAAGGAAAGUCUCCGACAGUAUAUAGAGAAGUUUGCCCUAAAUUUUUUGCAGCUUCUCGUCCAUCCAAACCCUCCAUCCAUUCUCUUUGGUGCAGAUAAAGAUACAGAGGUUGCAGCACCCUGGACAGAAGAUACUGUUAAACAGUGUCUAUAUCUGUACUUGGCUCUACUACCACAGAACCACAAACUGAUACAUGAGCUGGCAUCUGUCUAUACAGAAGCCACCGCUGACAUCAAGAGGACUGUGCUGAGGGUCAUUGAGACCCCGAUCAGAGGCAUGGGCAUGAACUCCCCUGAGUUACUGCUGUUGGUGGAAAACUGCCCCAAAGGAGCCGAGACUCUUGUCACCCGUUGCCUGCACAUCCUGACUGACAAAGCACCACCGUCUCCUGAACUGGUGAAACGCGUCCGUGAUCUUUAUCAGAAACGUCUGCCAGAUGUCCGUUUCUUGAUACCUGUGCUGAAUGGGCUAGAUAAGAAAGAAGUCAUUCAGGCUUUACCAAAACUCAUCAAACUCAAUCCGAUUGUAGUAAAAGAGGUUUUCAAUAGACUCCUGGGAACACAACAUGGAGAACUCAGUUCCACCAUGUCGCCGCUCACACCUGGAGAUCUUCUGGUUGCUCUUCAUAAUAUUGACUCCAGCAAAUGUGACAUGAAAUCUGUCAUUAAGGCUACCAAUCUGUGCUUUGCUUCUCGUUCCGUGUACACCUCUGAAGUCCUGGCCGUGGUCCUUCAGCAGCUUAUGGAUGCAACACCUCUUCCCAUGCUCCUCAUGAGGACGGUCAUCCAAGCCCUGGGGAUGUAUCCUCGACUUGGUGGUUUCAUCAUGAACAUACUGACUCGGCUCAUCUACAAGCAGGUUUGGAAGUAUCCGAAAGUAUGGGAAGGGUUCAUUAAAUGCUGCCAAAGAACUAAACCACAAUCCUUCAGCGUCCUCCUGCAGCUCCCACCUCCACAGCUUCUCUCUGUUCUACAGACCUGUCCUGACCUCCGGGAUCCUCUUUUAGCUCAUGUCAGGACAUUCACUCCACACCAGUUGGCCCAUGUUCCUCAGUCCAUCAUGGCUAUUCUUGAAGCUGAAUCCAGAGGAGAACCAGAGUCAGAGGAUGCUGCGCAAGCUGAUGAGGAGCAGGAAGACCCCGGCCAGGAUAUUAUUUCUCGUCGCCUGGCUCAGGAGAAAUCUUUAAAAAGGCAGCUCUUGGAGGAACAAAAGGGACGUAAAACCCAAGAAUUAGAUGAGGAAAUGCCAGAGGUUGACACACCUACCAUAUUCAUAGAUGAUAAAGAGGAAGAGCUAACGAAAGCCCAGGUGAAGGAAGGAUCCCAGGACGAUUCUGUGAAAUCUACAAAUCGAACACCACAGCCUAGUCCACCUGAUGAGCCCAUGGAAGAGAGUGUAGAAACAAAAGAUGACUGAGAGACCACAGAAUUCAUAACUUCACAAUUAGAUCUGCUUUGACUGAACAUUACUGUGAUACAUUAAAAUGUUUGUUCUAUAUGUAAAUAUUUGCAAUGUUGUGUCUCAAAGUGUAUGUACGUCAAUUGGUCACUACCAUUUCACAAAAGCUGAAUUGGCAAACAAAUGUGAUAAUAAAAUUACAUUUUCAUGGUAUUUACAA